AGUGCCAACGCCGGUCCUCACCAUUCCUCCACGAUGAAUAAGGUUGACCCGCGCGUGGACAGCGACCUGGACCACCGGGCCCAACAUGCCCCCGGCACCACUGCCGCGGUUAUGGCUGUUCCGCCGGCACAGCUUGAACACCAUGAUCCGGUCAAUUCUAUUUUGGACCCCUCCCCGGCCCUCGCACAGCCGUUUCCGGCUGGGAACUCCAGUUCUGAUAGCGAGGAGCUCGGGCAGCAAGGGCUGAAUGCCGCCCGAGAAGAUGAAGCCGACGAAGUCGUCGGUGUCAGUAUGAGUCGCGCCCAGAGUCGUAUGAAGGCGCGACUCACUCCUGCAGAGGAGAAAAACCGCAUCAUGGAACGCAAUGGUGGUUAUUUCGAGCCCAUUUUGGAUGCGAGUGACUCCGACGGCGUCUUCGCCGCCGAGAUUACGGCAGAGCCGGAAGAGGUCGAGCCAGGAACCGGUAGAUCGUCGGGCAACAACGACGGGCUCGCCCAUGCACGGGCCUCGAAUCACAAUGGACUGCACCCGGAUAUGGCCAAGAACGCUGGUCAACGUUCCAGCUUUACUCGCUCGAUCUUGAAGAAUGGCUUGCCCCUGCGGCCGCGUGCCUGGUCCGGGGAUAGUCUGGCUAAUCGGAGUCUGAAGAAGUUCUUGCCGGACUUGGGGUCGCUGGCCAGACGGUCCUCGCUUUCAUUUCGCUCGAACAACUCUCAGCGUCGGUGUCGAAGCCAAACUUUGAAGCCCUCGUCGUCUCGGCUGGCACUGGACCAGGAGGAACCCCCGCGCUCCGCAUCGCCGCGGCGCAGAUCUUUCACUAACCCUGACCCCAGCAUGGAGGAACCGAUCUCCGAUCUGAACCCCCUGAGUGGACUGAAAAGAGCCAAGCACUCGUAUUCUCGUCGACCCAGUGCCACGGUCUCGGGGGUUCCGCCCAUCCUGCGCAGGUCGUCUUCGGACCAGUCCUUAUAUUUGAGGGCCUCGUCCACGGCGUCCUCCCUCGACCAGCGACCACAGUACGAGAAUGUGCAUUCGCAGGUCAACAGUCGGUUCAAAGCCAUCAAGGACAGCCUGCAGGACUCGAGCAGUCGUCUUCUCAGCAUGCCCAGUAUUCAUUUACAAGACCUGCGGAAUGACUGGGGCUAUAAGCCGUUCAAUGACACGGCUCAACGCAAAGGCAACAACUACACCAAUGAGCCGGCCUCCCCGCGUGAAGUUCCGGGAGAACCGGCGGCGGCGCAGACUAGAACCCGCCCGCCGCGCACCAACUCGAAUACGUUGCAUCCCAUUUUGACCGAGGCCAUGUCUGAACUCAAGGGGGACGUCGUUGUCAUGGGCGGCUAUCGCGGAUCGAUCCUGCGCUCCGCAAAACCACCCCAGCGCCAACUAUGGGUACCGAUGAAAGUCGGUCUCAAUCUGCGCAAAGUAGAUCUCGAGGUGGGGUUGAACCCGGAGGAUGAGGAGCGGAUGGAGGAAAGCAUCAUUCCUUCCGGCGUUCUUUCCCAUAUCGGGCCGGUUGACAUCUGUCGACGGUUGCUGAAGCGCCUCCAGAAGUGCGAUAAUGCCAUGAAUGGAGACCUUCGUGUGUGGGACUAUGGCUACGAUUGGCGCCUUAGCCCGCAUCUUCUCUCCCGGCGACUGAUUAAAUUCCUCGAGGGCCUGCCCUGCAACGCACCCGAUGUGCCGCGAGAGAAACGAGGGGCGCAUGUCAUCGCCCACAGUCUCGGAGGCUUAAUAACGCGCCACGCCGUUAAUCAGCGACCGGAGCUUUUUGCAGGCGUGGUCUAUGCCGGCACUCCACAGCACUGCGUGAAUAUUCUGGGCCCGCUUCGCAACGGAGAUGACGUGCUGCUCAGUUCGCGUGUCCUCACGGCACAGGUCAAUUUCACUUUCCGGACGAGCUUUGCACUGCUCCCCGAGGAUGGUCAUUGCUUCAUUGACAAGCGCACCAAGGAAGAAUACCGCGUGGACUUCUUCAACGCCCAGGCCUGGGACGAAAGUCGCCUCUCCCCUUGUAUCAGCACUGCUCUGCCUCCUCUGACUGCCAAGGGCACCACCAAUUUGAUGGAUAACAUCCCGCGCCUCAGCAAACGCUUUUCCACCGUCCUCGGCAGCAAGGAUAACCUCUCGUCCGACGAGUCCCCCACUGCAUCGGCCGACUCGAACGGAACCCGCAACGCUACCACCCAUAACCAGCCAGGUCUGGCAUCCGAGGUGGCCGACAAGGCCUCCGCAAUGGCCCCUAACAUCGACGGCGUCGUGGGGCCAACCUCCCAUCUGCGGGGCUCGUCCAACGUGAAGGCCACAACGGCUGUCACCCUCCCCCGCGCCGCCGCCUUCUCGUAUCUCGAACGCACGCUUGCCGAGGUCCUUCGCUUCAAACAGGAACUCGCUUUCAGUCCCUCCCAUCACUCUAGCAACCGCUACCCACCCUUCGCUGUCAUCUAUGGCAAGUCUGUCCCCACGGUCUACGGCGCGCGCGUCUGGUCGCGCGAGCAGAUCAAGUGCCAGGACGCAUACGAUGAUCUGGCCUUCGCGGCCGGUGACGGCGUCUGUCUUGCGUCGGCCGCCAUGCUGCCUCCGGGAUACCGCAUCAUCAAGGAUGGCCUCGUGAAGAGUGACCGUGGCCAUGUCGGUCUGAUGGGAGACCUCGAGGGCGUCGGCCAAUGCCUCCAGGCGUUGGUCCGUGGACGACGAGAAGGGGUGGGAAUGGGGGAUCCUCUCCCCUAGUAUAUUGACUCUCCGAAUUGUUUCCUUCCUCUCUUCUCUUCUCUUCUCUUCUGUGUGUUUCUUUUUCUUUUUCUUUUUUUCUUUGAAACCCUUCACAAAUACCCUCCCGGCUUUUCGAAAGCGAUACCCUCUUCCCAACUCCUCUUUACGAUGAUGACAGCACGGUUCACGAUGACGUUCAUGGCCUCAACACACCUCCUUAUAUAUAUAGAAAAGUCGUCUUGCAUGGGCCUUCGUAUGUAUGUCUGCGGGCUUUUGUAUAUUCUUCUGAUUCCUGUACAUAGUGAUAAAUCACAAUAUAUAGAAAUAAAC